AGGAAGUUCUAGUCAAGAUAGUCAGCUUCUGUGAACUGUCAAGGUAGAAAAUGAAUUCCGCUCCGAUGUACAAUGUAAAUGUUUAAUAUAAUAUAAUAUUAAUAUCUUUAGUAAUGUGAUCAUUAAUGUAAAGUUACUAUGGGUUUAUAAGUCGUACUAGGUGUGCGGCACUAUUUAUGUGACUAAAGACGUUCUUGAAGAAUGAUAAUGAGUUAUUAUCUUUAACGUUCCUCGCUAAUUCAAUCAUGGGUAACCAGAACAGUUGCUGUUGUUACCGAAGUCCUUCACCAAUCCGAAAAGACAUCGUUAAACUAGAAGACUACCUUCCAGAAGGCGAAGUGAGUUCUAAUAAUAUUCAACAUAUAAGUGAAAGAGAACCCGACGAUGGUGACAUUGAUCCGUCACAAGAUCCAAUUGCUGGUACCAUUUUUAUGGAAAGAUCUAAAGCUUCAAUUGAGAAUGGCAUCACAAGAAAGCGAAGCCAGCACCAAAUUGCUGAAAAUAAAAUGAAAAAAAGUAGUUCAUGUUCUACUAUAUAUUUAGAUGAUAGCACCGUGUCACAACCUAACCUAAAGAACACUGUUAAAUGUGUAGCUUUAGCAAUAUACUAUCAUAUAAAAAAUAGAACAUCCGAGCGCAGACUCGAUAUAUUUGAUGAGAAAAUGCAUCCAUUAAGUAAAGAGGGGGUAAAUGAUGAUUAUGACAAGUAUAAUCCAGAACACAAACAGAUUUAUAAAUUUGUCAGAACAUUAUUUAAUGCUGCUCAGUUAACAGCAGAGUGCGCUAUAAUUACAUUAGUUUACUUGGAGAGACUUCUUAUAUGUGCCGAUCUUGACAUUGCACCAUCUAAUUGGAAAAGAAUUGUAUUAGGAGCAAUAUUACUCGCUAGCAAGGUUUGGGAUGAUCAAGCUGUGUGGAAUGUAGAUUACUGCCAAAUAUUGAAAGACAUCACUGUAGAGGAUAUGAAUGAGUUAGAGAGACAGUUUUUAGAAAUGUUACAGUUUAAUAUUAAUGUUCCAUCAAGUGUGUACGCAAAAUAUUAUUUUGAUUUACGUACACUGGCAGAGGCAAAUGAUUUAGCUUUCCCCAGUGAGCCCUUGAGUAAAGAAAGGGCACAGAAAUUGGAAGCAAUGUCAAGAGUUAUGGAGGAUAAAAUAUCAGCAGAAGUUAAGAAUGGCAUCAAAAAGUGGUCAAGCUUAGAUAAUGUCAAUUCAGGUGCUGGAGUCAGACGUAGUGUGGCCAUUUUAUCUUAAUUUCAAAAUUGAUCAAACAAUUCCAGAUAAUAAUGAAAGCAAGUUUGCACCUAAUUGUGAAAUAUAUUUUAAUUUUGGUGCGGUAUUAAUGGAUAAUAAUUUACAAUAAAUGUGAUGCAAACUGCCAAAUAUACAAUUUGGAAUCUAUUAAUCAAUACCAAUGGUAUUGUCAAUAAUUUUUAUAAUAUGAUUAAUGAUUGUUUUAAACAUAAUUAUGUUUUUCUAAAUGGAAGUGCACAAAAACAGGAAGUCUUGCUAGAAUACUGACGAUGUCAGCCUUAUGUGUUUUAUAGUAAUAAUAGUUUUUAAAAUGAAAGACUUACAAAAUGAGGUCCAAUAUAUUUUGUAUUAUACCAAUAAUCACUUAUUUGUUACUUAACCGUCAUUCUUACAUUCAUUCUUUCAAAAUUGGCUUCCAUAUUAACUUUUAUUUUCUCAAAGUUAGAAGCACAAAUAAAAUGCUUCAAAACUGACACUGCUUCAUGCUAACUUAGGCUAUUUAUUAGAAUGUGAAAUUGACUGAAUUAAGGAUCUUGUGAUUGUGGUAUGAAUGUUAAUAUGUUUCUAGGAAUUAUAUUUUUAUUGCAUUUAGAAUUCCAGGUAGUUAUAUAUUAAAUUAUGCCAAAUUAUUUUGUAAUCAAAUCAAAUGUGUAACAUCAUUAGUUAGAAUUUGUUACAUUAUACAAUCAAGAUAUAUUAUUUCAAUAGAAAAUAAAUAUUUAUACACCAUUAUACAAUAAAAUGGGAAUUGAUUAAGUUGUACUAUUUAAACUUUAAAGCAAUUAACAUUUGUGAUUAAGUUAUGCAGUCCAUACUUUUAUGUAUCAUAAUUGUAAUUAAGUAAAAUAAACAUUUUAUAUGAGACUUUUAA